UCAAGCCACAGAAAAUUACAUGCAAGUUUGAAUGGCAAUUUCUUCUGUGGAUAUAAUCGAAAUUCCAUUGAUAUCAGUCAUAUUUCGACUCAUCGUUCUUCAUUUUCAAGAAAAAGAUGAGUUAUUUCGAUUUGAAGAAGAGAACUUGACGGAUGAACAACUCCUGGAAAACAUUCCGAACCUCACUCCUGUUCUUGUCAUAAAAGGGCGAUCACUUUAUGACGAGACUGCAACACACGCAGUGGCACUGGACAAGAAAAUCUUGAUCCCAGUGAACGGAGUUCUUGAUGGAAUUUUAUUGCUGUUCUCCCUUUACUACGUUUUCAGAGUUCUGUACCCAGACACACUCUCCCGUACUUUGGAAUUCAUUCAGAGAUGUUUGCUCAGAAUGAAUCCCAAAACUGGACACAAGAGAGCAUCAAAAAAACAGAAGGCAACGCCUUUUGACCUGAAAGUCAAGAAAUUCAUCGAUGGACUCCAGCAAUAUAUAGAACAUCCCUAAAAGCAUGAAGCUCACCAUAUCAGCAUAUUUUGAACGGAGGAAAUUAAAAUGGGAAAUCAAUGAAUUAUGCUGAAAAAAUUCUUGCUAGAUCUUUGCUAGGGAUAGUUUGAGUGCCAUUAUUAUUUCGACUAAUUUCAGUCAGAUUCAUGAUGAAUUUAUGUGCAAUUUCCAUUUAACAAAAAUAAUUAUGAAACAUUAUGAAAUAAUUUAAUGACUUUUCCGAAUAUUAAUGGAUUGAUUUUACUUUCUCAAUACUUUUUCUUAAUAAAUUUAUUGGUGUUGAUCGUGAGAA